AUGGCUGGAGUUAUGGGAUCACAUGGUAUCUGGAUGAUGAUAAUUAGUGUCCAUGUGAUGCUUUUAGUGUUAGCUCAAGACAAGGAUCCAUUUGUGCUGUAUGACUUCAGGGGAGCAAACCUUUAUCUUGAUGGAAUGGCAAAUAUCAACGAUAGUCGAUUGCAUCUUACAAAUGAUACUGAGACCAGCACUGGUCAUGCUAUGCUCAAAGUUCCUAUGAAUUUCACAGCGUCGUCUCCCAGUUCAUUUUCAUUUUCAACAGAGUUUGUCUUUGCAAUCUUCCCACUGCAGAAGCCUCCUUCCUACGGUCAAGGUAUGGCUUUUGUGGUAGCUUCUAAGAUAGACCUAAUGCCCAACGGCAUUGCAACUUCAGGUUUAGGGCUUUUCAGUUUAGAAAAUAAAAAUAAAACUGAAAAGCAGAUCCUAGCUGUAGAGUUUGACACAAAUAAAAGCUCUGAACCACUUGACGAAAGCGGAAACCAUGUAGGGAUUGAUAUUACUGCAUUGACCAGACGAAUUAUCUGGGAAGUCGUCUUGGCGAACAUCUGGAAAAACACUCGAUUUCAUACCUUAAAUUGGUGA